GCAUCAAGAGCGGCGAUGCAGGCGCAGACAUUCGUAAUGGCGCUUGCGGCGCUGAGUGCGCUGACGGCGGCGGCGGCGGAGCGCGGCGGCGGCAUCAAGAUCGGCGGCAGCGCAGCGGGUGGCGGAGGCCGGGACGGCGCGCGCGGCGGCGGCGUCCGCAUCGGCGACGCCACGCGGCGCCCGCGCACCUCCCCCGCGCCGCCCCCGCCCCGCGCGCCCUCAUCCAUCACCGCCGCGCUCGUCGUGCCACACAAGGCCUUCGGCGCACGAGACUACACCAAGGCAGAGAAGGCUGCGCUCGCGAAGUUACCGCGCAAACUGAAACUCUUCUCGCAAGUGCGCCUGAACGUUACGCUUUCUAUGCAAGGCCUUACGCCUAGUCCAAUGUCUAUCCUGGACUCGCUAUGUAAAGAAUUCCUAGCAGUCAACGUGUCUGCUAUCCUUUAUCUUAUGAAUCAUGAACAAUACGGGCGCUCUACUGCCUCUGCACAGUAUUUUCUACAACUCGCCGGAUAUCUUGGCAUACCGGUCAUUGCGUGGAAUGCUGAUAAUAGCGGCCUAGAAAAAAGGGCGUCUCACGCGGCCCUGCGUCUUCAACUGGCCCCGUCCAUAGAACAUCAAACUGCUGCCAUGUUAUCAAUAUUAGAGCGAUACAAGUGGCAUCAAUUCAGCGUAGUUACCUCAGCUAUUGCUGGGCACGACGAUUUUAUUCAAGCCGUCCGCGAGAGAGUCACUGCAUUGCAAGACCGCUUCAAGUUUACAAUAUUAAACGCCGUAGUGGUCAAGAAGCCUACAGACCUGAACGAGCUAGUGACUAGCGAGGCGCGCGUGAUGCUGCUGUACGCGACGCGCGAGGAGGCCGCCGACAUCCUGUCCACUGCCGGCGACCUCCACCUCACUAGCGAGAACUUUGUAUGGAUAGUCACGCAAAGUGUGCUCGGCUCAAUGCAGCAGCCCAAUAAAUUUCCUGUAGGUAUGCUAGGUAUACAUUUCGACACAUCAAGCUCAUCGCUGAUCGCAGAGAUAGCUACUGCGGUGAAGGUGUUCGCAUAUGGCGUUGAGUCGUAUAUAUUGGCGCCAGAAAACGCCCGGCACCCACUGGGUACCAGAUUAUCUUGUAGUGGCGCGGGCGCCAGUGAAGCGCGCUGGUCGACCGGGGAGCGGUUCUACCAACAUCUGAAGAACGUCAGCGUGGAAAGCGAAGCGAGUAGACCUAGCAUAGAAUUCACGCCCGAUGGGGAACUGAGAGCGGCUGAACUCAAGAUCAUGAAUCUUAGGCCUGCUAUAGGUGAACAGCUGGUUUGGGAAGAAAUCGGGACGUGGAAUUCAUACCCAAAAGAGCGCCUUGACAUAAAGGAUAUAGUUUGGCCAGGUGGUUUACACACGCCGCCGCAAGGUGUGCCGGAGAAGUUCCACAUGAGGAUCACGUUUUUAGAAGAGCCUCCUUACAUAAAUCUCGCCCCGCCGGACCCUAUAAGCGGACGCUGCAUUUUGGAUCGCGGUGUCAUAUGCAGAAUUGCUCCGGAGGCCGAAGUAGCAGGGUUGGAAGCUGGGACCGCACACAGAAACAGCUCACUGUACCAAUGCUGCAGUGGUUUCUGCAUCGAUCUCCUGCAGCAGUUAGCGGAGCAGUUGGGCUUCACGUACGAACUGUCGCGGGUCGAGGACGGCCGCUGGGGCACGCUGCACCACGGCAAGUGGAACGGGCUCAUCUCGGACCUCGUUAACAAGAAGACUGAUAUGGUCCUAACAUCUUUAAUUAUCAACUCCGAUCGAGAAGCCGUAGUAGACUUCAGCGUGCCCUUCAUGGAGACCGGAGUGGCAAUAGUGGUGGCCAAGAGAACCGGCAUCAUCUCACCCACAGCCUUCCUAGAGCCGUUCGACACGGCGUCCUGGAUGCUGGUCGGAGCCGUCGCGAUACAAGCCGCUACGUUCUCCAUUUUCUUCUUUGAAUGGCUGUCGCCGAGCGGAUUUGAUUGCUCCACAGGACAAGAUUCAAAUCGAGCGCCACAGAAUCGUUUUUCGCUAUGUCGAACAUAUUGGAUUGUUUGGGCGGUUCUCUUUCAGGCCUCUGUCCAUGUGGAUUCUCCGCGUGGAUUCACAGCCCGCUUCAUGACGAAUAUGUGGGCGAUGUUCGCCGUAGUGUUCCUCGCUAUAUACACUGCCAACUUGGCGGCAUUCAUGAUAACACGUGAGGAGUUUCAUGAACUGAGUGGGCUGGACGACCCCCGAAUAUCAAGGCCCCUGACGAUACGGCCUCCGCUCAAAUUCGGGACAGUGCCGUGGUCUCACACCGACGCUACACUAGCGAAGUAUUUCCAAGAGCCACAUGCCUAUAUGUCACAGUUUAAUCGCAGCACAGUGGGUGCAGGCGUACAAGGAGUCCUCACUGGAGAACUAGAUGCCUUUAUUUAUGACGGCACCGUAUUGGAUUAUUUAGUAUCUCAAGAUGAGGACUGCCGAUUGUUGACGGUCGGCGCGUGGUAUGCGAUGUCUGGUUAUGGACUAGCAUUUGCACGCAAUUCAAAAUAUCUCAGUAUGUUUAACAAGAGGUUACUUGAUUUGCGUUCUAAUGGAGACCUUGAAAGAUUAAGAAGAUACUGGAUGACCGGCACGUGCAAGCCCAACAAGCAGGAGCACAAGUCGUCAGACCCGCUCGCGCUGGAGCAGUUCCUGUCGGCGUUCCUGCUGCUGAUGGCCGGCAUCCUGCUGGCGGCGUUGCUGCUGCUGCUCGAGCACGUCUACUUCCGCUACAUGCGCGGCCACCUCGCCGCCUCCACCGUGGGCCCGUGUUGCGCUCUUGUGUCCUUGUCGAUGGGACAAUCCCUGUCGUUUCACGGCGCCGUGGUGGAGGCGGCAGCGCAAGGUUUCGGAAUGCGAGGACGUGGCCACUGCCGAUCUGCUGUCUGUGCAGCACAGAUUUGGCGAGCGCGGCACGAGCGCGACGCAGCAAUGGCGCGUGCACGCCAGCUGGCGGCGGCGCUCGCGGCCCACGGGCUGGCGCCGCCGCCGCGGCGGCUGGCCAGCGCGGCCGAGCUGCUGGGCGCCGCCACGGACGCCACGCGUCCGCGCACGCUGCGCGCGCCCGCCGACUUGCUGCCUGAUCUCGACCGCCCGCUGUCCUGCGGCGACUUGCGAGCUAAAGAGCGGACGCGAGUCGAAAUGGAAACAGUGCUGUGAGGUGCUUAUUGCGCCACCCUAUUUCAAUUCCUGAAGGCUGUUCUUACACCAAGUUAUACAAGACGAAGUUAGUUAUACCUAAUGUUAAAAAUACGGACAGAUAAAAAAAACGUUGUAAUUAUUAAAUAAAUUAUUCCAAUUAUUAAAACAGAGAGCUGGACGUAGAUAGCGAAGCGUUGUUGUGGGACGCGCGCGCGGUGCGGGCUGGGCCCCGGGCGCGCGCCCUCGUGUUGUCUACUAACAAUAAAAUAUAUUUUUUGGACAAUA